AUGUUUCACACGUCUAUAGAUUUAAUGAGUGGUAAAAAACGUAAUUUUACAUCACCUGAAAAUCAAGACAAUAAACAAUCAAAAAUGUCUUCGUCACCGCAAUUUGAUACGACUUCAAGUACAACUGUUGCAUCGGAUGUAAGUGGUUUACAGUUACAGCAGUCUUUAUUAUCUUCUAAUCUUAUCAAUGAAAUGACAAAAAUGAUAAUAACAUCAAAAUCAUGUACUGACGCAAUUGCAGAUAUCAUAGAAAAUCAACUGAAACAAUACGAGAACCGUAUUAAACAAUUAGAGGCAGAAUUAAAGCAACUAAAUGAUCGUGCAGUUAAAUUUCAUUUGAAAUUAGACGAUUUAGAUCAAUAUUCAAAGCGGCGUGAUUUAAUAAUACACGGUAUUCCAUUUACACAGGGAGAAGAUACAUCACAAAUAGUAUUAGAUUUGGCUAAAUCUGUGGGUGUUAAUUUGGAUAUUAAAGAUUUUUAUGCAACUCAGCGUUUAGGAUCACGUGGUAAACAACAUUCAUCUAUAAUUGUGGUCUUUAUACGUUAUUCAGAUAGACAGCAGUUAUAUUCAAAACGUAAAGAUCUUGAUAAAGGAUUAUUGGAACAUACAGAAGAAAAUGUACAAAUUAUUGCCGAUAAAGCAUAUAUAGGUGAACAAUAUGUUAUCACGCCAAGAAAGCAACCUCGUGGUCGUGAAUUAACAGCCGAAGACAAAGAUUUCAGUCGAUCUAUUUCCAGUUCAAGAGCAGCUAUUAAAAACAUCAACCAACGUAUUAAAAAUUAUGGUAUUUUAGGAAGUCUUCACGGAGAUCCUUAUAACGAUUUGGGUAAGAUUUCUAAAAUUGCACGUGUCGUCCCUGCAUUAUGUAAUCUGAAAUUGAGUAAACAUCCUAUCCGUGAAAAUAAAUUAUGA